CGUAACGGUUAAGGGACGACAGUCUUGCAGAAUGGCGUUGAUCACAUUCUCUCGAAUAUCAAUACUGGUACAUAUAGAUGAAACAUGCUCUAUAGAGCGCCGUAGCUACCCUCAACCUCCCUGUUCUGUUAUCUCGCCCCCACUAUAGCACCAAGAUUUUUGCGUAACCUCAUCCUGCGUCGAGAGAGGCGUGCCCCUCCUGGCACCAUACUUGCUACGCUCAAAAAUCUCACCUGGGUGCAGUGGGCUCAGUUCUGGUCUGGGUCAGUGUUCCCCUCCAUCGCUAGUCUCACGCUAUCAUCCUAACCACGUGUCACGAUAGCUAGCUUGCCUGGAUGUGCGAUGCCAUGGACUUCUUCACAGUAUCGCUCACGGUAUCGCGCUCUUGUCAACACAAUUUGGCAAGUUGACCAGUACUAUCGUACGAUUUCCCCCUUCUCUCAUUGCAAUGCCUACGUGCCGAUGUGGUACCACAUGAGCACAGACGACCGCCUUGACGUUGACGCUCUUGUUCCGCGUUUGUCGAUCAGCAUAGAACGAAGAAGCAUCAUCUCGUGGACGACUAGAGGGUGUAUAAUUGGGAGUUUCAUCAUAUUUGGUAUCUUAUCUGACAGGUUUGGCCGCAAGUGGCCACGAGUUUUUAGACUCCUUCUCUGUUGUGUUCUUGAGCUCGGAACUGGCUUUGUCCGCACGUUUCCGCAAUUCCUCGCCCUCCGUGCCCUAUUUGGUGUCCCGAUAGGUGGAACAUGGGGACUUUCGUCAUCUUCAGCUCUUGAGAACUUGCCCGCCGAGCUUCGUGGAAUUGGAAGUGGGUUUUGGCAGGAAGACAAUGCUGUUGGGUACCUCAUUGCAGCAGUUAUCAACUUGACCUCGGUAGCAGGGCAUGCAUGACGGAUGAUUUUCUGGACUGGAGCAGUGCCGCGUAAAGUGAGUUCAGGCGAGCGGCGCACGAAGCGGGAGCUAGUAGAAUAAAUAUAUCUCAGGCUCUAUGAAAAGACCUCUAGUAAGAGCGGGUAAAGUACCUAGUAGAAUAAAUAUCUAAUGGUAUGUU